AUGACCGGCAUCCCUGUAUCGAUAGAUGGCGGCCAUGUUAAGCGGAAGGUCGGCGGCGGCAAGGUAGAAGCCGAGCUGGACGAGCCAGACUAUGGGCGCGAGUCGAUACUCGACAUCGCCCGCAGCCGCACCGGCUGGCUGGUCGCCUUCUGCGUCGGCCUGCUGCUCGCGGCCCUGGUGGUGGAGCAGUUUGAGGGUGUGCUGGAGCAGCACGUGGAGCUGUCGUUUUUCGUGCCCCUGAUCAUGGGCCACGGCGGCAAUACCGGGUCGCAGUCGGUCACCACCGUCAUCAGGGCGCUGGCCCUCAAGCAGAUUUCGAACCGUGACGUGCCGCGGGUCGUGCUCAAGGAGGCCGGCGCCGGCUGCAUGAUGGGCGCUGUCCUGGGCUUGGCCAUCCUGGGGUUCUCCUGCGUGUGGUCGGGCAUAUCCACUGAGGUUGGCGCCGCGGUCGCCAUCGCCCUGCCCCUCGUGUCCCUCUGGGCUAACGGCCUGGGGGCGUUUUUCACGCUGCUGGCGGACAGGCACGGGUUCGACCCCGCGGUGACAUCAGUACCGCUGGUGACCACCAUCGUAGACAGCACGGGCACCAGCGUGAUUGGCGUGAUCGGCGACACUGCCCCUCCUGGCGCCACCCGCGACGGUCACCGGCACCGUGUGCUGAUGGUCAGUGACUUCUUCUAUCCAAACUUUGGUGGCGUCGAAAACCACAUCUACCAGCUGUCGCAGUGCCUGCUGGCAGCAGGGCACAAGCACUCGCUGCAAACGCCGGGGCUGCUGCCGCCGCCGCCGGCGCCGCCGCUGCUCACCACGGCUGCAGGUGGUGGUGAUGACUCACGCGUUUACUACAUUCCGCGGCGCCCCUUCUACGCCCAGAGCACCCUGCCCACAAUCGCCGGCAACAUGCGGCUGCUGCGUGCCAUCUUGGUGCGAGAGGGCAUCACCCUGCUCCACGCCCACCAGGCCUUCUCGGCGCUGGGGAUAGAGGCGCUGGUGCACGCGCGGACGAUGGGGUACAGGGCCGUCUUCACUGACCACUCGCUCUUCGGCUUUGCCGACGCGGCCUCCAUAGCCACCAACAAGAUAUUGAAGGCCGCCCUAUCGGAUGUGAAUGCGGUGAUCUGCGUGAGCCACACGAGCCGGGAGAACACAGUGCUGCGCGCCUGCCUGCCGCCGGCGCGCGUGAGCGUCAUCCCGAACGCGGCGGGCGCCGCCGCUCCUGCUCAGCGGCAGCCUCGACAUCAUCACCACCAGCAGCAGCAGGAGGAGCAGCGGCGGCAGCAAUCACGGCAACAGGAGCAUCAGCAACAGCAGCAUCAGCAGCAGCAGCAGCAGCAGCAGCAGCAGAAGCCAACUGCGGACGAGGGUGGGGAGGAGGACAAACUAGAGGAGCAGCCGCGCGACGGGGCCCUGCUGCCGCCGCUGACGGUGGUGGCCCUGAGCCGCCUCGUGUACCGCAAGGGCAUCGACCUCCUGGCAUUGGUCAUCCCAGAGGUCUGCGCCCGGCACCCCAACGUGCAGUUUGUGAUAGUUGCUCAGAGCGGCGGUACGUGA